UGACCACCCCUCUCCUGUUGGAGCCCAAGGAUCCCAUUUGCUUUCCCCUCACACGUCCGCCGUUUCCCGGCACACACCGCGGCACCGCCGCUCCACUCCGCUCUCCCUCCCCCGUCCACUGCCGCCAUGCGGCACAGCCUCACCCAGCUGCUGGCGGCCUCGGGCGGUUCGAGCCCUUCGGGAGCCGCGUGGCCUCUCACCGGAGCGGGGCAGACCCCGAGAGGGCGGGAUGGCGGCGGGGAAGGUGAUCCGAGCGCUGGACGGCCCAAACAACAGCAACAGGAGAAAGAGGCGGCCGAAGGUCCGCCGGAGGUUUGGGAACAAGAAGACUGGUUCCCCGGGCUGGAGCUGGGAGACCUGCUGGAGGCGGCCCGGCCGGAAUGGGACGCGGAGCUGAGCGGUUGUUUGUGCGGAGAAGCGGGGCGCGGCCGCGGGGGGCGGCGGAGCGGCGGGGCCGGCAGCAGGUUGAAGGCGGCGGCGGCGGCGAGACUGAACCGGCUGAAGAAGAAGCAGUACGUGCUGGGGCUGGAGAGCCGCCUGCAGGGCCUGGCUGCCGAGAACCGGCAGCUGCGGGACCGCAACCGAGGCCUCAGCCGCCGCCUGCGGGAGCUGGAGCGGGAGAGCGGCUACCUGCGGGCCGUGCUGGCCAACCAAAGCGCGUUGGGGCAGCUCCUGAGCCGCUUGGCCGGGACACGGGCCGGCGGGCUGCGCCUGGGCACCAGCCUCUUCAGGGACGGCCGCCUCCAGCAGCAACAACAACAACAACAACAGCCCCUCCGGGCCGGCGGAGACAGCGGAGACCACGACUACGCGCUGCCCAACGCGCGGCCGCCCGGCUCCGAGCAGCCGCCGGGAGCGGAGCCCGAGGAGGAGGAAUGGGCGGCACCCGGCGGGAUCUGCCUGCACGUGGAGCGGGAUCAGGUGUCGGUGGAGUUCUGCUCCAUCUGCGCUCGGAGAGCGGCAGCCUCCUUUAAAACUUUCUCUUUUAGGUGCUUGUCCUGCCAGGCUCCGUUGUGUAGGGGUUAAAGAGCAGUCGUUUCCCACCUCGCAACCUGGUAAGGAUCAAUAUAUUCCCAUAAUGCGGUAUCAGACAGCUUGUUUUGCUUGUGCCGGUCUCAUUCAUGCGGUGACUGGCCCAGGAGAUGGUAUCUCUGGUCCCUGCCCUGCUGUGAUGUUUCUAAUUCCUAACUCAGUUGUGGAAAACAUCAUUCUGAGUAGCUGCUUUCUGUUCUAAAUCAACAUGCACACAGUAGCCGGUCAGUGAGCUGCGUUUUGAAUUAAAAGUAAAUGCUUUCUGCCAUUUGAAAUAGGAAUUUUCUAUUGAGCUACAAGCUGAUGAGCUGGAAAAGGGAAAAUAUUACUAAUGAUACGACGUUUACAGUCUUUUGCCCCAAAAGAACAAGUAAAUUGCUUUUAAAUGAAAAACGUGACCUGGUGGUUUAAAGUACUGUCUAGUGUUAGUGAUGCACAGUCCCUUUAGGAUGCCCUUUCCUGCCUUCCUUUAAUUCAUGAUGCAGAGCUUUUCCUGUUUGAACAGAACCCGAACACUGCUGACAUCUGUACAGUGGAACCUUAAUGUAGAGAAAUCACUUUGUUCCAUAGAACUCCAGUGAGAGCUGUGGGUCACAAAGUAACUCAGUGCCUCUCCCAAGUGAUCUCAGUGCCCCCCCUGCAUUCAAACUCCCUUGUUACUUCAGAGUAGCUUUAUCUUUUAAAGGAACUUCACGUGUGUGCAUGUGCUUCAUUUUACUGUAGAGAUGUUGAUUUAACUCGCUCCUUCAGUAUCCAGAAAUCUGUAACAUCAUACAAUUUCAGCACAGUUUUGGAGAUGAGCAAAUAAUUAAUUGCAAAGAUUCUUCCUGAUUAACUGAGAUAGGAGGAAAAAUGCUGAUGAACAGCAGCGUGUGUUCUAUGGUAGGAAUAUUUCUCCCCAUCACCCAGGAUGAGCAGGUUGUUCUUUCAGUUGUGUCAUAAUGUUGAGGUGGUUUUUCUGUACGUCAGCUGGGGGAAGAAGGAUCGCGAUAAAGGUGUUAAUAAAUGUAAAGUGAGGUUUCACAAAGAAGAGAUUUCCUUCAGUUGGUCUCAUUUCUGAACUUCCUGAAGAAAAAGAAUUCUAUGGAGUGUUUUGGAAGUCUUGUUUCUUAAAGCCUUAAAUUUGGUAUUUAAGGCUAAGGGGGAGGGUUUUCUCCCUGCAAUUGGAACUGUUGGCACUAUACCUUAUCAAGUACUUCCUUGGCGUGAAGAACAUGAUUUUUCUUUGUGAAACGUCACUGUGUGAUAAAGUCUACGUGUAUUUAGCAUCCUUGUUUUUCUUUAUGCUAAAGUGGAUUCAGCUGUGUUGGGGCAGAAGAGACGGGACCAGCUGCUGGCCACAUUUCCUGCUUUGUUUUAAAAGGUAGUAUAUAAGAAAUGAGAAUAAAGAGGUAAACAGGGCUUUUGCUGUCUUUGUUUAAACAAACACAAAGGUUGAAUGCUGGGAUUCAUUAACUGUUACCCGAUAUGCUUUUUUAGAAGGCAGUAUCCUAUCAAGCAGGUUUUCUUCCUGUGUUUUCACAAUUCCAUCUGUUCAGGGUACACUGCCAGCACAAGAGAGACCUCAGACGUGUGCAGUACUGCGGUGGCAUCGGCAGGAUUGUUCCAAGGUUCAGUCUUUAACUGUGUGACAUGCAGUAGGUGGUGGGUUAUGGCAGGACCUUCUCCAGAUGUGUGCUGACUGAUUUAGAUUGAGCUCAGGUUGAAUCUGCCCGGCUCAGGCUUUGCAACCAUGCUUCAGUUUGAAUUUUAGCGUGCGUGAGGAGAAGGGAGACACUAAUGCAGCAAGUAUGGGAUGUUACAUUGGCAAUUCUGCAGUCACUUCAGUGCAGAAUUUUAAGUUAAAUAUGCAUUAUUUCAUUUUGCAUCACUUCAAACCGAUAGGAGUCAGGGAUCUCUGUUAUGCAGCUGCACAUCGCUCCAGCCGUGAAACCUCCUGUGAGCUGUGUCUGAGAGUGGCUGAUGUUCUGGUGUGCACAGUGAUGUAGACCUGUGCAAGAACAAGGUCAAGUCUAAGAAAGUAAGUGGCUGCAGGCAUAUCUAGUGCCUACUGAAUCAUACUUAAACCAAAUAGAGGGGAGGAGGUCAUUUGAAACUAACCAACUGUACCAUCUGUAUGGUGUAUUAUUAAUGUAGCUUUUUGAAGUGGAAGCCUUGAAAUGAUUUUAACUCAAUACUUGAAAAUAUAUUGUAAAUGUUUCUUUGUAAUGAUGUGCCAUCCAGAUGAGAAUACGAUACUGUAAUAAAAUCAGACUUGUUGAUCUUUCA